AUCCUUUCUCAGUAUGUACGGAAGUAAACUAUGACCAAGAACAAUUUACACAUGAGCGUUUUUUCAUUGUUAUUUGGACAUUUAUAAAUACCAUGGAACUCAAAAUAUGGCUCAUUUAACUGCGCAGCAUCACAUCCCCCAUCUAUUAUUGAAUUCGCAUUAGAGACAGGACUUGGUUGCUAGACGUUAUCUUGGUAUCGCUAGCUGCUAACAAUGGCUAACUGUAUGGUUUUUCACACUCAAAUAGCCUCCAUCAUGGAGGUGUUAGCAAAUACAGCCGUGUCAGAGAUCUGUAAACUCGUAGACGACGACUAUGCAGUGUUUCGUUUGGAAAUAACUCAAAGCCAGAAAGAAAACAGAGGAUUGCGGAGGAAACUACUGGAAAUGAAGGUGUCACGGGAGCGCGCAGAGAGAACAAUGCGAGAGCGCGUCCUCGCCAGUCGUCCCAGUAGUGUCAAGAUCCUCGACCGAUACAGAGGAAUUGCAAGAGGACAUCUCACUGGAGGCCACAGGAACUUUGUGAAGCCAGCGGGGCACAAUACAUGGAGAGAUGACCAACCAAUCACUCUUGAUGAGGGGAGUGGAAUCUCAACCCAGCAUGUUAUCAUGAUCGAGUCUGCAGAUGGAGAGGCUGCAGGUACUGGAGGAUCGUGUCUGGUCAAGCAGGAGAGGACUGAAGGAGACGACCCACAACACAGCAGAGAAAUCCAGACUGUAGACACGGGGCACCAUUCCACCACCGCUAUGCCCCAGCCCAGGACCAGACGCAGCAUCACGGCAGUCAGUGGAAUGCAGAACGCCGUCCUCAAGUCCGAGACAGACAAAGAGACUUUAACUGUAACCAAAAGGCUUUUACACACAGGAUCUGACUACAGGUCAGACCCACAGAGACUGAGGCUGGGGCCACUGGGCUGUCCUGCUGUUCCUGGCUCAGAGUACUUACCAUUAUUUCGUCAGAGCCAGAUGACGGAUCAUUCCUGUGGAGAUGGUGAUCGUGACCCGUUAGACACAGGCAGUGAUGAUCCGUCUUGUUCUUACUCUACAGAGCUGGACCCAGGCAACAUGCCCUUGGGUUUAGAGACACAGACUGAUAUGUCUAGAGGGGACUGGAACCGGUACAGUAGUAGUGUAUACUUCGAAGGGUGCCUAGAUAAGAAAGGGCAGGGUCUAGUCGUAGAUGAAUUGAAAGUGGAGGGCGACACUCCUCCCACACGGAAUGGAGAUCUUCACCUUGGAGACGGACACUCACAGGGCAGAGAUUUCUUAGAUUACAGGCAAAGCUUAGAGACAAAUCCAAAUGUCACAAACCACUGCACUUUACACACAUUCAGGGAUGGCGACCCAGUAUCCACGUCAAUGGGACCUUCCGACCCACACGGCUCAAAUGACAGGGCUAGAGCCCAGGCUCAGGGAGGGGAAGCAACAUCAGGCAAUAGUAAAGAUAAACGGUUCCUCUGCAUGUUCUGUAACAAAGGCUUCAGCUGCCUCCAGAAGGUGGAGAUCCACCAGAGGGUCCACACAGGGGAGAAACCAUUCAGCUGUACCCAGUGUCAGAUGCGUUUUGCCCAGACUGGUGACCUAAAAAGGCAUCAGAGGGUCCACACGGGGGAGAAACCAUUCAGCUGCCACCUGUGCCGGGCUAGUUUCUCCCACUCCUCCAGCCUGAAAAGGCACCAGAGGGUCCACACAGGGGAGAAACCCUACAGUUGCCCCCAGUGUGAGAAGAGGUUCUCCCACCAGCACCAUUUGAAGAUGCACCUGAAAGUCCACACGGGAGCGAGGUCGUUUGCCUGUACACACUGCGGGAAAAGUUUCUCAGAGAGGAGCUACCUCAGAAUACACCAGCAGAAAAAACAUUCCAUUCUAUAACAUAGAAAGUAACCAUUAUGCUCAAAGUUUAGAUCAAACCUUGCAAAGAUUAAUUUAUUGUUGUCAGCAGAAAAAAAACAGAUGCAUUUGGUAUAACAAGAGUUACAGAUUUCAGUGUUGAAUAUUCCUGAGAAGAAUAUUGCAUCUAGACAGUGUGUGAUAUAUAAUAUAUGCAGUGCCUUCGGGAAGUAUUGAGACGCCUUGACUUUUUCCACAUUUUUUUACAUUACGGCUUUAUUCUAAAAUGGAUUAAAUUAAACAAAUCCUCAGCAAUCUACACACAACAACCCAUAAU